UCGUUCGGAACAAACAAAAAUGAGCUCCUCCAUCACCCGGAAACGCCCCAAAGGGGCCACCAACGGCGAGGACGACGCCGCCGCCGCCGCCGCACCAAUCCGUCACCAGCCAAACCGUGCCGUCAAACGUCCGCGGCUGCCCGACCCGGUUCCGCGCUUCCCACCGGAGAUCUGGGAGUACAUCUUCCGGUACGUCGCCGAACCCCGGCACCUGCUCCGGCUGCGGCUGGUUUGCCAGUGCUGGCGUGACGUCAUCGCCGGCAGCCCCACGCUGAUGGGCCGCUUCAACGUCAGGCUGGUGGGGGACAAACGGACGAACCGGGACCGGUUGGACGGGGCGUUUGUUUUGGUGGGAUUGCCGCCGUUGGUGGUGAAGGUGACUUUGCGGAAGUAUUCGAUUGUGACGGUUGACGGGUGGUGGGCGGAUGUUGGGCCGAAGCUGCGGGAGUUGCGGCUGGAGAGUUGUAAGGUGGCUUUGGGGGUUUUGUACGGGAUGUUGCGGGCGGCGCUGAAUUUGAAGGUCUUGGUGCUGGACAGUGUCAAGCUGAGCGGAACGGACGAACCGGAUUUUCAGCUGGGUCGAAUGGAGUCGUUGACGGUUUGCCACGCGAGCUACGAGGGAAAGGUGUGGCGCGACUGCUUGGCCGGGUUCGAACGCGUGUUUCCACGUUUGGAGGAACUUACGCUGAAUACGGGCUUCGAUCCGGCACAAACGGAUAUUCUGCACGCGAUCCGAACCUUGCAGGCCACGCUUAAGCAUCUCGAUCUGCCUCGAAAGUUUAGCGGAGCGGCUUUUCUGGCCGAACUGUGCGGAAUGCAACAGUUGCGACUCAAGUCGAUCACGCUCGAGAACUUUCCGGCUGAGGUGGACCAGUGGACCAGGUUCUGCCGGAUGCAACCCCAGCUGGAGAUGCUAACGGUCACCGUGAACAACUCUCAGUUACAGCUGCUCACCGCAACGGGUCAAUUGCUGCCCCGCCUGAAGUCCCUCUCCCUGACCGUUAUCGGACCGUUGGAUACCUCCUUCCUCGCCACCAUGCCAGCGCUCGAAUCGCUCGCCAUCGAUGGCCAGUACCAAAAUCUCUCCUUCAACGGCCAAAGCUGCCCAAACCUGCUGCAUUUCACCUUAAGUGACGUCCAAACACGAGACGUGCUCCACUUCCUCCAACGCUCACCCAAACUCGAACGCCUCGCCCUCGACGACUGCCAGCUGGGCUUCCCCGUAUCGAUCGCGACCCCCUUCACCAACCUGCGCCACCUCACCCUGAACGGAAUCCAGUGUCCAAACGCCGUCAUGUGUAAUCUUCUGCGCAACUGCACCCGCCUCGAGCAACUGCACCUGGCCUGGCUCAAGUACCUGGACGACGGAGUGGUGCGCUUGUUCUGCCAGCAGCUGAAGCGCCUCCGGAAGCUGACCAUGCUCGGAAUUCGGUGCAUCACGGCGGAAGCGUGUGCCAGCUACAUCGUACGACACUGCCGCAAGCUGGAGGAACUGUGCGCGGACUUUGCGGACGCCGAGCUGGAGCGGAUCGAGCGCACGCGCAAGGUUCGCAUCAAGCGGCGCGUUGUGUCCGACACGGAGGAGGACGAUGACGACGAUGAGGACGGGGAGGGGGAGGAGUUUGGUGGAUUUUUCUGAAUAUUUGUUUUAGUUAUUUGAUGGUUUGAUUUGACUUUAAUAAACUUCCGUUCUUUGCAUAACUGA